GAGAGCCGUAAACGGGUCAGAGGGGGGUGCUUCGCUCCGAACGAGGAAUCUCAGCUGACCCGGGACCGACAGACCCGACCGCUGGAUUCCCGGAGGACCAGAGAGAUCACGUCGCCAAGGGAGAAGAGGUCUGUUAAGGAAGCAGGAUGUUCUGCUCGGCGAGGGCCUUUGAGGGGCAGCAGCACGCGGCGUUGAAGAGGCAGUGUCUGCAGAGCGGCCUGCUGUUUGAGGACCCUUGCUUCCCCGCCGUGGACGACUCGCUCUUCUACCAGGGAAACCGGAUCGGCCGGGUGGUCUGGAAGAGACCCAGGGAGCUGUGUGAAGACCCUCACCUGUUUGUGGAUGGCAUCAGUGCGCACGACCUGCACCAGGGCCAGCUGGGAAACUGCUGGUUUGUGGCUGCGUGCUCCAGCCUGGCCUCCAGAGAGGCCCUGUGGCAGAAGGUGAUUCCUGACUGGAAGGAGCAGGAGUGGGACACAGAGAAGCCGGACUCGUACGCGGGGAUCUUCCACUUCCGCUUCUGGCGCUUCGGGGAGUGGGUGGACGUGGUGAUCGAUGACAGGCUGCCCACCCUGGACAACCAGCUGGUGUACUGCCACUCGGACGACAGCAACGAGUUCUGGAGCGCGCUGGUGGAGAAGGCCUAUGCCAAGGUGUACGGCUGCUACGAGGCCCUGGAUGGGGGGAACACAGCGGACGCUCUGGUGGACUUCACCGGGGGCGUGUCUGAGCCCAUGGACCUGCUGGAGGGCCAGAUGGCCACGGACGAGGCGGCCCGGAACCAGCUGUUCGAGAGGGUCCUGAAGGUCCACAACCGGGACGGGCUCAUCAGCUGCUCCAUAAGGGCAACCACGGUGGAGGACAUGGAGGCCCGGCUGGACUGCGGCCUGGUGAAGGGCCACGCCUAUGCCGUGACGGACGUGCGGAAGGUGCGGCUGGGCCACGGCCUGCUGGCGUUCUUCAAGUCGGAGAAGCUGCACAUGAUCCGCAUGAGGAACCCCUGGGGGGAGAAGGAGUGGAGCGGGCCUUGGAGCGACAGUUCGGAAGAGUGGAAGAAGGUGAGCAAGAGCGAGAGAGAGAAGCUGGGCGUGACCGUGCAGGAUGACGGAGAGUUCUGGAUGACCUUUGAUGACUUCUGCCAGUACUUCACGGACCUGAUCCUGUGUCGCCUCAUCAACACGUCCUACCUGAGCCUCCAUAAGACGUGGGAGGAGGAGGUGAUGAGGGGUGUCUGGAUCCAGCGGCAUGACCCCCUGAGGAACCGCUCCGGGGGCUGCAUCAACCACAAGAACACCUUCUUGCAAAACCCACAGUACGUGUUUGACGUGAAGAAGAUCGAGGAUGAGGUGCUGAUCUGCCUGCAGCAGCAGGAGAAGAGGGCCACGCCCAAAGAGGGAAAAGGAGAAAACCUGGCCAUAGGCUUCGACAUUCACCGGGUGGAGCUAAACAGGAAGUACCGCAUGCACACGGCCCAGCAGAAGGUGGCGGGCUCCAUCUACAUCAACUCCCGCUGCGUGUUCCUCAGGAAGGAGCUGAAGGAGGGUCGCUACGUCAUCCUCCCCUCCACCUUCGACCCCGGCCAGCAGGGGCAGUUCCUUCUCCGGGUGUUCACUGAUGUGCCUUCAGACUGCAAAGAGCUGACUCUAGACGAGCCCCCCCAGACCUGUUGGACCGGGCUGUGUGGUUACCCCCAGCUGGUCACACAGGUCCACGUGCUGAGCGCAGAGGGACUGCACGGCCAGGACUCCAACGGAGCCUCGGACCCGUACGUGAUCAUCACCUGCGAGGGAGAGAGGGUUCGUUCCCCCGUGCACAAGGACACGCGGAGCCCCAACUUCGACAUCAAAGGCUUGUUCUACCGCAAGAAGCCCAAAGAAGGCAUCCACAUUGAGAUCUACAACAAGAACGUGAUCGUAGACACCUUCCUGGGUCAGGUGACCGUUUUCAGCGACCCCAACGACCGCCAGGAGCAGCACACCCUGCACCUGCGCGACAAGGGCAAUCGCCAAGACAACGACCUCCCGGGCACACUCAGUGUGCGCCUCGUCACCUGCACCACGCUCACCAACAUAUGACGUCAACUUUGACCCCUCACCCCUUACGUGUCCGUCGUCUGAGCAUGCCCCCAGUGUGUGUGUGUGUGUGUCCCAGCGCCAACCUCUCCUCGCUUUUCUCUCUCUGUCUCUCUCUCUGUCUCUGUCUCUGUCUCUCUCUCUGUUUCUGUCUCUCUCUGUCUCUAUCUGUCUGUCUCUCUCUGUCUCUCUCUGUCUCUCUCUGUCUCUCUCUGUCUCUCUGUCUCUCUGUCUCUCUCUGUCUCUCUCUCUCUGUCUCUCUCUGUCUCUAUCUGUCUCUAUCUCUAUCUGUCUCUCUCUGUCUCUCUCUCUGUUUCUAUCCUGAUAUCUGUCUUCCUCUCUUCACACUUGCUGCUUUCAUGCCUUCUGUUUUCACUGUCUCUCUCCUGUCGCUUCCUGUAUCGGGAUGCAGCUCUCUCAAGAGGCCACGCACAUCCUUACACACACACACACACACACACAGUUCUGUCUCCGAACAGGCUGUUUUGCUUGUACACACCAACGUUGAUACACACACACACCCACACACCUCUGCAUGCUUCUUCUUUACACUCGUAUGCCUCUGCCAGCAUCUGUAAGGGCUACGCAUCGCCUUAAGGCUGAGUCCAUCUGUCUACGUCCCAGAGACCAGCUACGCGUUAGGUAGGGGUGAGGGAAUGAGCUACUGUUACUGGGUGGUGCUGGGACUCCCUCCGUCCAUCCAUCCCUCCCUCCGUCCAUCCCUCCCUCCGUCCCUCCCUCCCUCCCUCCCUCUGUCCCUCCCUCCCUCUGUCCAUCCCUCCGUCCCUCCCUCCCUCUCUCCCUCCAUCAUUCCUCAGUGUGUUGUCCAGCUUCAUGGUUGAAGACUGCUUCAUUUCAGCACCAGAAAGACUGCAUGUCAUCUUGGUACAUGUCUCUGAAAGACAGCUGCACCCGUGUCUCAUUGUGAACGGCGAUCACUCGAAAACUAUCGUCUGGGGUGUCGAGGCGCCUUCUUCCAACCCCACCACCGCCACCACCCCCUUCCCAUCAUGCUUUGCAGCAUGACACGUCACUUUAUACCGGUCAAGUUAUCACAGAACAAACUAAGGCCAGCGGGUGCCACGAUCUUUUCUCUACUAUGUGAGCGUUGGUGUUUUUUGCGCUCGUGUAGCCUUGACCCCUUGACCCUCCCCCCGCCCCAACUUUUGGACUGCGCUUUCACCAGUUGCCAUGGACGAUUUCUCCAGCAGCAUGGCUAAAGACUUCUUCCUGCUCCGCACAUCCUCCCACUCUGCCUUUGAUACCAACCCCCCUCCCUCCUCCCCCCCUCCCUA